CUGCAGACGAACAGCUACAAACCGGUGUCAUGUAUGCCGAUAUCUGACCAUCUUUACCUACUAUCUUCGGCGUUACCUCAGAGCAAGUGCACUCAUCUUGGUCUCCAGUCUAUGUACAGGAUAAUCUUGGAGUCAUGUCGGUCCGCUUCAUGCUGCCCUCAUCGCGAGGCGCCGUCAUGUGGCUUGGUCCGAAGAAGAAUGGGCUCAUCACGCAGUUCCUUAAAGAUGUUGACUGGGGUGAUCUUGAUUACCUCGUCAUCGACAAACCUCCUGGCACUUCACAUCUGGAGAGAGCUUGAAAGUCGAG